GUCGAGGAAUAACAGAUGGAGAUAUUUCAAUCAUUUCUGGUAGUCCCGUUAUUGCUAGUCACAGUGAUAGAAGGGCAAUGUUUUGGAAACGGCACCUGUGUCUGUCAUUGUGUGGACUGCAGUGAAAAGUGUACGACUUGUUUGCCUGGUUGGGGUGGAUCCAAAGACUACAAUUGUCAGAGGCGAAACGUGUUAUAUUGGACAGCAACAGGAGAUGAUGCAGACGAUAAAAAUAAAUUACUAGACGACGAUCUUUCAACCUUUUUAACGGAUGAUAGCCAUGGGCCAUAUUUGAGAGUUCAGCUAAAUAAGUCAAUAACCGUUCAUAAAGUUGAUAUUACCCUUCUUUUCGAACGUGGUGUGAAUUAUACAAUUUACGUCAAAAACAAGGAGUAUGAUAGGAGCAAGGAUGUGACAUGUAACACGCUGGGACAGGGCGACAACAUCGGGAAGAAAACUGUGUCAAUGACUUGUUAUAAGCCGCUUUCAGGAAAAUAUCUUGAAAUCUAUUCUUCAAAGAACACACUUCUAAAAGUAUUUGAAAUCCAAUAUUUUGAAUGCACCAACGGAACUGUCGGUGAAAAUUGCAGCAGCGCAUGUGCGUCAAAUUGUGAUGUUGACUGUAAUAUUACUGCAGUAGAUUGUGAUUGUCAAAAGGGCUUCUUCGGUAAGUUUUGUAACCAGACAUGCUCUAAAUCGUGCGAUGAAAAUGGAUGCAAUAUCCGCACUGGCGAAUGCUUCAGUUGCAAGAAUGGAUAUUUUGGACCUCUGUGUGAAAACAACUGCUCAUUUGGUUGUCAGGAAUCUUGUGGCAAGGUAAUUGGAAACUGUACAUGUAAACCAGGUUUUUCCAAUGUUAACUGCUCGAGAGAAUGCCCAAAACAAUGUGAAAGGAGGGAAUGCGAACAAAGUGAGGGAAAAUGUUUGGCGUGCCAAGAUGGAUAUUACGGUGAUUUCUGUCAAUAUACAUGCUUUAGAAACUGUGAAAAGGGGUGUGAAACAUCUACAGGUAUAUGUGGUAUGUGCACAAAAGGUUUUUACAGUCCUUUUUGUAACAUUUCAUGUUCUAAAAAUUGCAUGGAAAGCACCUGUUCUAGAGACGGUGACUGUUCUCAGUGUAAACCAGGAUACAAAGGAAAACAGUGCAAUGAAAGCUGUCCUAAAAAUUGCAUGGAAAACACCUGUUCUAUGCACGGUGUCUGUUCUCAGUGUAAACCAAGAUACAAAGGGAAGCAAUGCAAUGAACCCUGCCCAGAACAUUGUAGGCAAUGCAAGCAACAUGAUUUCAAAUGUUCUCAAUGUGAAAAUGGGUGGUACGGCCUAAGAUGUGCCGAGAAGUGCCCUGUAGCAUGUGGAGGGAAUGGUACGUGUGAAAUCAAAUUGGGUAAAUGUCAUGUUUGUGCCGUAGGUUAUUUUGGCAGCCAGUGUGAUCAAACAUGCAGUCAAUAUUGCGAUUUCAACGCGGCAUGUGACAUUGAGACUGGGGUUUGUGAACGUUGUAUUGCUGGUAGACAUGGUAAUCAUUGUGAAAGUAAAUGUAGCCAGAACUGUUUAAACUCAACAUGCCUAAGUAAUCAAACAUGCAGUUACGGAUGUAACGAUGGUUGGUUUGGUGAUAGGUGUAAACAACAAUGUUCUGCUGCUGUUAGAAGUUGUGUAAAGUGCUCCUUAAUCGACAGUUAUACUCCAGUAUGUCAGAGAUGUGCAGAUUCAUGGUUUCUUAACGGAUCGCAAUGCUUCAAGUGUCCCGAAAACUGUUCCUCUUGUGAAUCUGAAACACAGUGCACGAUGUGUAGUAAUGAUGUUAGCUAUGGUAAAACAUGCAACAUUCCGUGCAGUGGUGAUUGUAUAAACAAAAUAUGUAACAUGACUGGGAAUUGUCUACAUGGCUGUAACAACAGUAAAUACGGUAUUAGGUGUGACAAGGACUGUGUAGAAGGAUGUAUUGUAUGCAAUGAUGCUUUUAAUUGCUCUACAUGUGAAGAAGGAUGGCUUAGUCUACCUUGUCAACAACGCCCAAAGGCCUGCAAAAUGUGUUGGAGCAUUCGGUACAUUUCAUCUCUGAUUGAAAUGGAAACUGUUUCGUUUCAUUCAAAUCACACGGGAUAUGGACAUCUUAGAACUGUUUUCUCAAACUGAUUUUGAUUCCGUGCUGGUGAAAUGACCAGAAAGCAGUCACUUAAAUGUAAAUCUACAUGUUGAAGAAAAACCUGAAUUGCCUGAAACACCCAUGUCCUCUGAUCAGCCACAAGCAAAGACUGGAACAUGGAAGUCUUUGGUACCUCAUUAGACAUGCAGACAGUAGAAAUUUCCACACUUUCGAAUCACCUAUUACGAUUCUAUUGUAAAGCUAGGCCAAAAGGAAAACAUGAAGAUGAGAAACCUCUAUACCACAAAAACACUAUAAUCAAUAUCAGAGCAGCCAUUAAUCGCCACCUAGCUGACCUUCGGAGAGAUAUGAAUAUCGUCAGAGACAAGGAGUUCCGCACAGCCAAUGGAAUCUUAGAUGGCCUUUUGAAAGAGCGCACACAACUCGGUCUCUCCAAACCUAUUAAACAUAAGGAAAUCAUUGAAAUACAUGACCUGCAAAAAAUAUAUAAGUACCUCCAAGGGACUCCAUCGUCACCUGUUGUCUUGCGUCAUGUUGUAUGGUACUUUCUAGCCAUUCAUUUUGUCACAAGAGGGCUAGAAUUUCACCAUCAGCUGAAUAUCGACAGUUUUGCCUUCUUCGCAGAUGAAACUGGGGAGUAUGCUGCACUCAAACAUGAAACCCUGCAAAAGAAUAAUCAAGAGGGGGGGGGGGGUGGGGGGGGUUGAAGCACACGAUACUCACACUGACAAGCGGAUGUACCGCUUCACUCCUAUACAGUUUGUCAUUAUGCAUUCAACUGAAAACAUUCUGACCUUCUUUUUAAAAAAUGUUACAAAGAUAUAACAUUGUUAAUUUUAAUAAUCAUUAAUGGAUGUUUAAUUAUGUUUAAAUAAAUUUAUUUUGUCAACGAGAA